AAAUAGGCUUUCCGGUCGCGUGUGCGGCCUUUCUUCCUCUACCGCCAUCAUGGGUCGCAUGCACGCUCCCGGGAAGGGCUUGUCCCAGUCCGCUCUGCCAUACAGACGCAGUGUCCCCACCUGGCUGAAACUCGCGUCUGAUGAUGUCAAAGACCAGAUCUUCAAGCUGGCCAAGAAGGGUCUGACUCCUUCCCAGAUUGGCGUUAUUUUGAGGGACUCCCAUGGUGUGGCCCAGGUGCGAUUUGUCACUGGCAACAAGAUCCUGAGAAUCCUCAAGACCAAAGGCCUGGCCCCUGACCUGCCUGAGGACCUGUAUCACCUCAUCAAGAAGGCUGUGGCUGUCAGGAAGCAUCUGGAGAGGAACAGAAAGGACAAGGAUGCCAAGUUCCGCCUUAUUCUCACUGAGAGUAGGAUCCACAGGCUGGCCCGUUACUACAAGACCAAGAGAGUACUGGCCCCCAACUGGAAGUAUGAGUCCUCUACAGCUUCUGCUCUGGUGGCAUAGAAAUCAUCACUUUUUCGAUAAAUAAAAAAAAGAAUUUAAACUGA